AUGACAAAUACCGUGCAAAAGCUACCAACAAAAAUCGUACGUGCAAUCAUCGCUGAAAAUUUAUCCCCAGACAAUGUUAUAUAUUAUGACGAACAUCAAAGUUGGGUAUAUACAAGAUGCAGUGUUGAUCCUAUCAACACGUCACGACAAAGUCUUAACGAAGUUCAAUCAUCAAGCCUUGUCCAAAAUGCACGUCCACUAGAGUCACUCGGUCCUUUUGGUACGCAACCAACUGAGAUCUCUAUAACUAUUGAACCAGGUGAAGUUAUUUAUAGAACAAAAUCAUUCAAUAUAAUAUUGAGUGAUCUUUCUCAAGAUAAUGACGGCGAAUGCUUAGGACAACAUGCACCAUUGGCGCCAAUAACUUUGCACGGUACAGCUCGUAGUGUUUCCCAUAUUCCACAUGAUGCAACACAUUUCUGUUGGGUUUAUCCACCGGUUGGACUAACUGAGUUAUGUAAGAAAACAAAAAAAAGUAUUGAUAAAAAAGUUGCAUUGGGUGAUUUAUCAUGUACUUUCCUUGCUUUCGGCGGUUUUGUUUAUUUUCGAAUCAAUAAAUGUAAUAAUUACACAAUGUUACAAGCUAAUGCACUUGUGAAAGCUGAUAAUGGUCUCGUAUUUCAUGGACCUCAUGAAUGGCAAUCUGCUUAUACAGCUCAUCUAGCUAAAAACGGUCGAUUUCAGGAUGUUACUGUUUCGUCACUCAUAGAUUUGGGUAUCAAAUACUAUUGUUUUAUUAAUCCAAACGAGAAGCUUUGUAGUUCUAUUGAGGGUCAACCAGUUUGGGCUCCUGCUAGAAAUGGUGGUUUCGUCUAUUUGUAUGGAUCUCCUGGAAAUCCUCAUCCUCUUGAUCGUUAUUUUUCCAUUGCGGAUGCACCCAUCACUGAGCAAAUCAGUACACAAGUUAUGCCAUUCUCAUUAAUUCGCAAUCCACAUAAAACCGUUGAACGAUCAAGUUCAUCCUUACCAUCGCCCUCUUCGAAUGUCGACAAAGAUAGAUUUAACUGUUCAAUUUGUCUCGAUCGAACAAUUCAAUGCAUUUUAAUUCCAUAUGAUGCCAUAGAAAGUUCAUCAACUGAAGAUAUAGUACAACAACGAUUGGAACGAUGGUCAACAGGAUUUGAGAAAGAUUCCUCAUAUCUUUUUUAUGUUGCUGAGAAUGAGAAGAAGAACAUAGUUGGAUGGUGUUCUAGUCGAAAAACACUUGAACAUAGUCGAAUAGUCAAUGAUCAAAUAUAUGACUGUGAAGUUGGAACUAUAUGUGUUCAAAAAGAAUAUCAACAUCGUGGAAUUGGUAGAGAAUUAUGGAAAAUUAUUUGGAAUGAAAUACUUGAAAGAUUUCAUCCAAAAAAUUUUGUUGUAUGGGGAGUUGAUAGAGAACAUACACAUCAAUUUUAUCGAUCACUUGGUGGUACACAAAUGGGUACAAAAAUGGCGGAUGAUAUGCUUAUGACUGCAUAUGUAUGGAAUGAUCUUAAACCAUAUGAUUCAACUAGUUUUGUAAUAUUUAAAUAA